AUGAUUAUAGUUCACGAACAACUACCUUACUUACCUACAUAACUAUUAAAAUGUCUCCCUUCGUAGUUUUCGCUCUCUUCUUACAGACUUGCCUGAUUCAGUCCGCACUAAGUCAGUCCUGCGGAUUCCCACAAACGCCGUACGGGUCCGGAUUGAGCGGGAUCGGCGGGCUGAACAGCGCGAGUGCGAGCGCGCCGGCGCCGCCCGCGCCGCUCGCGCCGAGCGCGCAGUACGGCGGCGCGGGCACCGGACAGGUCGGCGUGUCUGGCGACAUCGACGCGAGCGGCCAGACCGUCGUCGUCGGCUCCGUGCCCGUGCUCGGCACGGUCGACUUCAGCGGCACCGUGCCCGCAACAGGAUCCGUGUCCAUCUCUGGACAAUGUGGAUGCGGGUGUAGUGCUUAGUUUAGGUUUUAAGUAAAUAAUUUAAAUAUAUUAUAGUUUUUUUUA